AGGGCAGGAGGGCCGAAGGCCCCGAGCGGAAGUGGAGGCCGCUCCUCCCGCUCGGGUGGAAAUGACGUGCUCCCCGCGGCCCAAAAUGUCGGCGCCCAGAGGGAGGUAGACCGGCCCUGCUCCCCGGUCCCCUUUCCCCCCUUCCCGCUUCCCACUCCCCCUUUCCUCUUCCUUCCCCGUUCCCCCCAACCCCCCCUGCCAUGUCCACGGCGGAGCCGGAUGACUCGCCCCCCGGGGGGCUCCCUCCGCCCUGCCCCGCGCCCCUGCCGCCCUCCCGGGUCCCGUUCCACUGCAGCGAGUGCGGCAAGAGCUUCCGCUACCGUUCGGACCUGAGGCGCCACUUCGCCCGGCACACGGCCCUGAAGCCCUUCCCCUGCCCUCACUGCGCCAAGAGUUUCAAACACAGCUUCAACCUGGUCAACCACAUCCGCAGCCACACCGGGGAGCGGCCCUAUCGCUGCACCGUCUGCCCCAAGGGCUUCCGCGACUCCACGGGCCUCCUGCAUCACCAGGUGGUGCACACCGGCGAGAAGCCCUACUGCUGCCACAUCUGCGAGCUGCGCUUCUCCUCCCGCUCCAGCCUCGGGCGGCACCUCAAGCGCCAGCACCGCGGCCUGCCCCUGGCCGCGGCCCCGCCGGCCGCCGCCCUGCACCCGGCCCUCUCCGCCUCCUCCUCCUCCAACUCGGCCUCCGCCUGGUGCCCGGUCUGCACCUCCCCGGCCUCCAGCGGCGAGGUGGGGCCGUGCCUGGCCUGCGGGAGGGGCGGGCCGGGCGGGGGCCUGGGGGAGGCCGGGGUCCUGGCCCCCUACGGCUGCGGCGCCUGCGGGCGCCACUUCGCCCGGGGGGGUGAGCUGCGGGCCCACUGGCUGGCCCACACCGACGUCAAGCCCUUCAAGUGCCCCCAGUGCGAGCGCGACUUCAACGCCCCCUCGCUGCUGGAGCGGCACAAGCUGACCCACGCCCAGGAUGGCCGGAGGCCCGGGCCCGGGGGCUGCCCCCACUGCCUAGGGGGCGGAGGCGAAGGGUGCCCGGCCUGCUGCGGGACGGCGGCGGCGGCGGAGGAGGAGGAGGAGGAAGGAGACGACGGCGGGGAGGGCCGGCCGGCUGAGAGCCUGUACCAGUGCGAGUGUGGGACGUUCUUCGCCAGCGCCGCUUCGCUGGCCGGACACCUGGACGCCCACUCGGGCCCGCCCGCUUUCGGCUGCGGCAUCUGCGGCGAGAGCUACGCGGCCGUGGCCGACCUGGAGGAGCACCAGGCGGUGCACGGCGUGAGCGGGGCCGAGGGGGCCGAGGGGGUAGGGGAAGGGGACGAGGUCGGGGCGGGCGGGUUCCCCCUGCCUCUGCCCCCGCAGCGCCCGUCCAAGAAGCUGUACAAGUGCUCGGAGUGCGAGAAGCUGUUCCGCUCGCCGCGGGACCUGGACCGCCACGUGCUGGUGCACACGGGCGAGAAGCCGUUCCAGUGCGCCGAGUGCGGCAAGUUCUUCCGCCACGAGUGCUACCUCAAGAGGCACCGGCUCCUGCACAGCGGGGAGCGGCCCUUCCAGUGCUCCGUCUGCCACAAGGGCUUCAUCACCUUCAGCAACCUCUCCCGCCACCUCAAGCUGCACCGGGGCAUGGACUGAGCUGACCCCAGCUGCCCGGAUCCAUCCUCCCCCGAUGAACUGGGCGGGAAAAUGGACCCCUCCACCCCCGUCCCCCCCGGCCCCCGUGGAAUGGACCCACCCUGGGCAGAAAUGCCAUUCCUCCUCCCCCACACCUCUUAGACCUCAGGGUGGAGCGGCCUGGAUUUGUUCUUUUUUUUUUCCCUCCCUUUCCUUUCUUCUCACCUCCCGGCUUUCCAGAGUAGACCGAUCCAGGCGGUCAUCCCCACAGCCUAGAGGACGCUGGUCCGGAUUCCUCCCCACCCCCUGCUCUUGAGAGCAGACUAGUCCGGGAUGCCCUUCCUCUGCUGGAGAGGGGACCCCCGUCCUCCCCCGUCCACCCCCGCCCCUCCAGCUGAAUAUAUCGGACCGGUCAGGAUUCGUCCUCCGCCGUCGUCCUAAAGAGGUCUGGGCCGGAACGCACCUCGCCCCCAGCUACAUAGAUUUACCCAGACCCGUGGUGAUUCCCCCUCCGCCUCCCGGGGUGAACCUCGAUGUUUAGUCUCGCCUCUGCAGGUGUGCGCCCGCGCCCGUGCGCACGCCCGUACACACACACACACACCCCCUUGCCAGAGUACCUCUUCCCUCCCCUGCCCCCAAAGACACCCCCUCCCCUAAAGUUAAGUUUUUAGAGUUCUUUCCCAUCUGUCUCUGUCUCCACCUCUCCGUGUUUCCAUCUGUCACCGCCUCUCUCUCCUCAUGGCCCAGGAGCGGGUGAGGGAAGCCCACCCCCCAUCGCAUCCCCUCCUCUUCCAUGUGACUCUCCGUGUGAGGGAGGGGGAGAUGGGAAAUGGAGGAGCCAUAAAGGGGAGGACCCGAUUUCCGAUCUGAACUUGUAGCGUUUGUUCUGUAUAGAGCACUGCCCCCGCCCCCCCCCCCCCCACCUUACCUAGAGUAUUAGAUGAGAAUGAGAAAUGCGACCCGGUGCCCCGAAUAAAGUCCGUGACCCCACAGUC